AUGAAAUCGUUUUUCGAGCGAAGCGUGUUUCUUUCUUUCGAGACAUCUGAUAUUUACCACCGACAAUUUUCAUUACCAUUACCAGAAAACUUUGAAAUGAAAUUUCAUGAAAACCAAUCUACAACUGUGGAAAAUCUAGGAAGCCAUCAAAGAUAUUUUACAAAUUUAAUAGCUUUAGGGGUUUUCCGGGAAUAUUAUGGAAAUGACCAGAGCAAUUUUAUUUCUUUUAAAACAUACAAACGUAAAUGA